AUGGCCAGCGUAGCAAUUAAACUGGCCAAGGAGAAGGAAGUCUUGGAAGGCCUAGGUUCCCAGGGGAAUGCAGUGAAAUACUUAAAACAGGAUUUUGAGGUGCUGAGGAAGCAAUGCUUACAAUCUGGUACCUUGUUCAAAGAUGAAGAAUUCCCUGCUUGUCCUUCUGCUCUCGGCUAUAAGGACCUGGGGCCUUAUUCUCCUAAAACUCAAGGCAUUAUAUGGAAACGACCUUCGGAGCUAAUUCCUAAUCCUCAGUUCAUUGUGGGAGGAGCCACUCGCACUGAUAUUCGUCAAGGGGCUCUGGGUGACUGCUGGCUUUUGGCAGCUAUUGCAUCCCUCACACUGGAUCAAGAAAUUUUAGAGCGAGUUGUUCCCCCAAACCAGAGCUUCCAGAAGGACUAUGCUGGCAUUUUUCACUUCCAGAUCUGGCAGUAUGGACAGUGGGUAGAUGUCGUUGUUGAUGAUCGGCUUCCCACGAAAAACGGACAGCUCCUCUUUCUGCACUCAGAAGAAGGCAAUGAGUUCUGGAGUGCCCUACUUGAGAAGGCCUAUGCCAAGUUGAAUGGUUCCUAUGAAGCUCUCACAGGAGGAUCUCCUUUGGAAGGUUUUGAAGAUUUUACUGGUGGCAUUUGUGAAUCUUAUGACCUCAGGAAAGCUCCACCCAACCUGUAUCAAAUCAUUGAAAAGGGCCUGCAAAGUGGUUCCUUGUUUGGUUGCUCCAUUGAUAUUACCAGUGCAGCUGAAACAGAAGCAAUUACACGUCUUAAAUUGGUCAAAGGUCAUGCUUACUCUAUUACUGCAGCUGAAGAGGUUAACUACCGUGGCCGGCCAGAGAAACUGCUCAGGAUAAGAAAUCCAUGGGGUGAAGUGGAAUGGACUGGAGCCUGGAGCGACAAUGCUCCUGAAUGGAAUUAUAUUGACCCCAAGCAAAAGAGUGCUCUCGAUAAGCAAGCCGACGAUGGAGAAUUUUGGAUGUCCUUCUCUGAUUUUCAAAAGCAGUUUACAAGACUUGACAUCUGCAACUUGACUCCUGACACCCUGACAAGUGAUCACCUUCACAAAUGGAGCAUGACUUUGUUCAACGGAAACUGGCGACGGGGCUCUACAGCUGGUGGUUGCCAAAAUUAUCCAGCAACCUACUGGACCAAUCCUCAGUUCAAAAUUAGGCUGGAUGAGCCGGAUGAUAGCCAUGAAGGAAGUGUGAGCGAACCAUGUUGCACUGUGCUGGUGGGCUUGAUGCAGAAGAAUCGCCGGAGGGAGAAGAGGAUGGGGGAAGGGCUGCUGAGUAUCGGCUACUCCAUGUAUCAGGUGCCAAAAGAGUUGGAAAAUCAAACGGAUGUUCAUCUAGGCAGAGAUUUCUUCUUAACAAACAGACCAGUAGCUCGCUCUGACACAUAUGUCAACUUGCGUGGUGUCUCAAGUCGCUUCCAGCUGCCUCAGGGAGAAUACCUCAUUGUGCCAUCUACCUUUGAGCCUUUCAAAAAUGGAGAAUUCUGUCUCAGAGUCUUCUCUGAGAAACAAGCUAAAGCUCAGGAAAUUGGUGACACUGUAGCUGCACAUCCAUAUGAGCCUCAUGUUGAAGACAAGGAGAUAGACAGUGAGUUCAAGAGUCUGUUCCAAAAACUUUCUGGGGAGGACUGUGAACUGACUGCAAAUGAACUACAAACUAUUUUGAACAGAGUUAUAUCAAAGCGAAGAGACGUUAAAAGUGAUGGAUUCAACAUAAACACCUGCAGGGAGAUGAUCAGCCUCUUAGAUAACGAUGGAACUGGUACCUUGGGACUUGUACAAUUCAAGAUACUUUGGAUGAAGAUUCAGAAAUACCUGGAAAUCUAUAAGAAAGUGGACACUGACUAUUCUGGGACCAUAGAUGCCCACGAAAUGAGAAAUGCUCUCAAAGAAGCAGGCUUCACUCUGAACAACAAAGUCCAGCAGAGCAUAGUUCUCCGCUAUGCCUGCAGCAAGCUGACCAUUGACUUUGAUGGCUUCCUGGCCUGUAUGAUUCGCCUGGAGACUCUCUUCAAAAUGUUUCACACAUUAGACAAGGAUAAGUGUGGGAUUGUCCAGCUCUCUCUGGCUGAGUGGCUGUGUUGUGCAUUGGUGUAAGGAACUCAUUCUGGAAUUAAUUUGAGAACUCUAUGGCAUACAUUUUCAUGAAGGUAUUUCUGGGGAGAUGUUUCCACAGAAGUCUUAAAGAUAUGAGACAGGAAUUAAAUUUCUGUGUCUUGGCAACACAUUUUAAAUGUAAAACAAUCCUUUACAAAAUAAAUAGUUAUCUAUUGAAUCAACAUGCAGCCUGAUAUAGCACAUAUAUCCAUAUAAACAGCUUUAGUGUUACAAACUAC